GUUUGCACUGGCUGUGAGCAUAUAAGUGUGUGCGCGCAUAUUGUCUACGAAUGUUUGUGUAUAUUGUGCUGGUGUGUCAAUUAAAUUAAGCUCACCAUUCGUACAUACACCACGUUAAUUUAUCUAUUGAUUUACGCUCUACACACUUAUAACAGUAGCUUGUUUCCGUGUACAAGUUUCAUUCUAGGUUCAGUGAUUUCUUGCCUGGUCGUUUCAGAUGACAGGUUGCCCAAAAAUGUGCAUUUCGACUCAUGUAACGGGCGCCUUUGAUAAUUUCCAAUGUCAGCACCGCCUAUGCCUAGGAAAAGUGGACCACCUCCUGGAGUUUUUGGUUCACCACAGAAUGUUCCAAUGUCUAAUUACCAACCACAAGCUAAUGUACCAAGUGGGAUGACUUCAAUGCCUCCUACUCAGUUGCAGCAGCCACAACAACAGCAUCCACAAUCACAAGGUCAACUGCCUCCACUCUCAAAUAGUUAUAAUGGUUUUAGUAGCCCUCCAUCUAUAGGUCAUUCUCAAGCUAUGAACACAGUUAGAAGUGGGCCUCCCAGAAUGUCAUCAGGGCAAUCAUAUAAUUAUGCUUCAUCCCAAAAUGUAGGUUCAUUUGGUCAAUAUGGUCCAUCAGAUAGUGGGCCUCGAAUGUUAGUUCCUUCUUCUGGGAGUGCUCCUCAUCCUCCCCCUAUGUCUUCACAACCUUUUGUUAAUGGCCCCAGCAGUAUGGAACCUAAUUCCAUUGCCCAGUACCCUAAAAAUUCCAUGGGCCCCCCACAGAAUAUUGUACCCUUUUCUAGUGAGUCCAAACCUACUUACCCUGCAGCCGGUCAUCCUUCAACAACAGGAUCUAUGAGGCCUCCAUUACCAUCUCAACCAUUACAAAAUCAGCAACAGCAUCAGCAAAUCCCUGGUUAUAAUAUGGGACCUGUAAAUCCAAACACCAGCAGUGCUAUUGGAAGUAUGCCACCUAUGAGUAGAGCUCCAAGACCACCACUUCCCACAAGUAACAUGGGUGGAAUUGGACCCCCACCCACAAGUUCAAGACCUCCUCUUCUUUCACAUGCAACUCCUCCUGUACCAGAUGCUCAGUACAAUAAUAGUCCAAAUCCACCUGCAGUUUCUGGACAGAUUCCAGGAAGUCAUAUGCAAGGGGGUGCCAGACCACCCAGCAUCACCACGAGUUUGGCUACUGAGGAGUUACCUGCUCCUUACCAUGGACAAGCCCAGUAUUCACACCAAAUCAAAAAUCUUUUGUCGACUACCAGCAAUUCAGGCCCACCUUCACAGAAAUCUUCACGAGCGCCAUCUCCAAUUGCUAGUCAGUCAUAUGAUGCACUAGAAGGGCAAUUUACUCCAUCAAGUGGUCCUCCAAUGUCCAUGCCACCUCAAUCUUUGCCUUCUCAAACAGGUGCACCACCGAGCACAGGACGAAUAACUGGAAAGCGUCAGUAUCCUCAAAUGCCUUCUCAGAUGCAAUCUCCAGCUCACCCAGCAAACAUGUCAACUUCAGGAAUGCCCCCAGUUUAUUCAGGAAGUCCAAUGCAUGCACCACAACAGUUGCAACAACCCCCACAACAGAUGCAGCAACCUCCACAACAAUUGCAACAGUCAAUACAUCCUCAACAACCACAACAAUAUCAACCCCAGCAACAACAAAGUUCACAAUAUUCUACAAGUGGAGGAAUGGCUGGUCUUACUGGAGGAAUGAGCAAUCUUAGUACAAAGGACACUAUUAGUGAUGUCGUUGAUUUGAUGCAGCAACGAAAACUCAUCGGCCCAGAAGGAGUUGAGACACCUAUUAACUGUUUACCAUAUGAAUUUAGUAAAACAAAUGCAAGUCCAGACAUAUUCCGUUGUACGUUAAAUGCUGUACCCCAGACUGCAGCGUUAUUGACCAAAUCUCGAUUACCAUUAGGAGUAAUUAUCCAUCCAUUUAAAGAUCUUACGCAGCUGCCUGUGAUAACAUCCACUGUGAUUGUACGUUGUCGUUCCUGUCGCACAUACAUCAAUCCUUUUAUAAGUUUUGUGGAUCGUACUCGAUGGAAGUGCAACCUGUGUUAUAGAAUCAAUGACUUACCAGAAGAAUUUUCUUUCGAUCCCGUAUCAAGAACAUAUGGAGAUCCACAACGCAGACCUGAAGUGAGAUCUUCUACAAUUGAGUUCAUUGCACCUUCUGAAUACAUGUUGCGACCUCCUCAGCCAGCUGUGUACCUCUUUGUUUUGGAUGUAACAUAUAAUGCAAUAGAAACUGGUUAUCUCACAGUUGUAUGUAAAACCUUGCUGGCAGAACUAGAAAAAUUGCCUGGUGAUUCACGUACACAGAUAGGUUUUAUAGCUUUUGAUAGAGCAAUCCAUUUUUUCAAUUUAGCUGAAGGUCUGUCUCAGCCUCAAAUGCUGACUGUCUCUGACAUAGAUGAUAUUUUCCUUCCAUUACCUGACAGUUUGCUAGUGAAUUUACAUGAAAGCCAUGACCUUGUGCAAGACCUGUUGCAACAACUUCCUCAGCUUUUUGAAAACAACAUGGAAACCGGAAAUGCACUAGGAGCCACUUUAGAAGCUUCAUAUAAACUUCUUAGUCCAACUGGAGGAAGAAUAACUGUGUUUCAAACAUGCUUGCCUUCAGCAGGACCAGGAGCACUUCAAGUUAGAGAAGACAUUUCUAAAUCAAACAAGAAUAUUCCAAAUCUUGGCCCAGCAACAGAUUUUUACAAAAAGCUUGCCUUGGACUGUUCUGCUCAACAAGUUGCUAUUGAUUUAUUCAUGUUAAAUACUCAGUAUGCUGACAUUGCCACUGUUGCCUGUGCAUCCAAAUAUUCAGGUGGCUGUGUGUACCAUUACCCAUCAUUCCAUUCUGUUAGAAAUCCUUCUUUGACUGAUAAAUUUGAGUCUGAUUUUGCACGUUACCUUUACCGCAAAAUAGGCUUUGAGGCUGUGAUGAGAAUCCGUUGCACUAGAGGUCUCAGUAUCCAUACUUUCCAUGGAAACUUCUUCGUUCGCUCAACAGAUCUUCUUUCACUACCAAAUAUCAAUCCUGAUGCUGGGUUUGGAAUGCAGAUGUCCAUUGAGGAAUCUUUAAAUGAAAGCAAUACUGCUUGUUUUCAAGCUGCCCUUUUAUAUACAUCAAGCAAAGGGGAACGACGAAUAAGAGUUCAUACGCUGUGUUUGCCAGUAACUACUGAACUGAGUGCAGUCCAUGCAGGAGCUGACCAGCAAGCCAUUGCAGCUCUUCUUGCCAAGAUGGCUGUGGACCGUACCCUGAGUAGCUCCCUGGGAGAUGCACAAGAUGCUCUCAUCAUUGCUGCGGUGGAUGCCCUUUCUUCAUAUGCAUCAUCACAGUCAUCUGCCAGCAGAAUAGGAAACUUGCUUUGUCCUUAUUCUUUGCGUCUGUUACCAUUGUAUGUGUUGAGUUUACUAAAAAGUAAGGCAUUCCGGAGUUCACAUGUCAGCCUUGAUGAACGAGUGUGUGCUAUGGAGCAGUGCAAGACACUUCCAAUGUGUUAUUUGUUACAAAAAGUAUACCCUAAUCUUUAUCCUGUACAUAACUUGGAUGAUGAGCACGUGACUGAUCGGGGUGGUAAUAGUGUUCCUUGGGCACCUGUACUACAGCUGUCAGCAGCCAAUUUGGACAGACAUGGUGCCUAUUUAUUAGAUGUAGUUGACUCUAUGAUUCUAUUCAUUGGUGGUGCUAUUAGUGAUCGGUUCUGUCAGGACGUUUUUGACAAGCCUAAUUUCUCUUCGUUAUGUGAUGGACUGACUUCCUUGCCAGAACGGGACAAUCCUACAUCAGAAAGACUGCACUUGUUCAUUUACAGUUUAAUGGAUUCUCGGCCUUAUGGUUGUAGCUUUAUCAUACUUCGAGAAGACAGCAAACGAAAACAUUUGUUUUUCCAGCAUUUUGUGGAAGACCGAACAGAAUCAACUAUGUCUUAUUAUGAAUUCGUUCAACAUAUUCAAAAACAAGCGAAGGGAUGAGUGUAUUUGCAUCAGUAUUUGAACUUUGGAUAAUGUUUCUGACUGUUGUAAAAUUAACACAGGCCACCAUUCUGCCAUGGGCCUAAAUAUGCCAUCAAACCACUAAGCACACAUAGGAGGAGUGUUGAGAAAGAGAGAAAAGGGUGGAGAAAGCUAGGAAGCUGCCUUGAAGGUUUGGGUAGCUAGCUAGGCUUCUCUCCCUGUCUCUUUUUCACUUACUCUUUAUUAUUUUUUUUUUUGUUCUU